AUGGAUCUCCGAAUACUGCGAAGACCAGUAGCCGACCUUUUUGCUGCAAGACCUCAAUGUAUACUGUCUUUGAACGCCACUACUCGUCGAUAUGAAUCCUCUUUCAGACGGACUAAGCAACGUUUAAAUAUCAGACCAGAUCCAAAUUUUGUUCCAACAAAAGGAGCAUUGCAAGAUCACAUCGUAUUCAACCCGCCAUCCUCAUCUCCAUCCGUCUUCCACACGCCUCUAAAAUUCCUUCCCAAGGACGAUAAGAGAAGAAAGAUUCUAUCCAUUACGCAAGAACGAAUUAAUGCUCUCUCAAAACAUCGAUUACCACCUCUAGUCAAUCCCAAACAGUUCAGAUAUGAGAGAGGUCACUUGAGUGAAAAGGAUGUCGCGGAGAUUCGAAGAUUAAGGGCUGACCAACCGGAAAGAUGGACGAGGCUGCAAUUGUCCAAGAAGUUCCAAUGCUCGUCAAUAUUUAUCGGUAUGAUCACCGAAGCUCCGGAGGAGAAGAGAGAAUUGGAGAGACAGAAGUUGGAAGCUGUGAAGGCCAAAUGGGGACCGACGAGAACAGCAGCACGGGAGAAUAGGCAAAGGCGUGUGGAGUUGGCAAAGAGGGACGGAUGA